CCAAGUAUUUUUCUCCAACUCUUGCCUUCAGUUCUAUCAUCCAUUGUUUGAUAAUACUUUGGGUUUGUUUUGGGGGAGGGUGAUUGUUGAGAUGGGUCUAACUGGUAAGUUGGUAAGGCAAGUGGAGAUCAAGUCUGAUGGUGAUGCGUUCCAUGAACUCUUUAGAGAUAAACCACACCAUGUCUCCACCAUGUCCCCUGGGAACAUACAUGGCGUUGAUUUGCAUGAAGGUGAUUGGGGACAUGUUGGCUCUGUCAUUUCUUGGAACUAUACUCAUGAUGGGAAAAAGAAGGUUAUUAAGGAGGUUAUCGAAGCAAUAGAUGAGGAAAACAAGUCAGUAACCUUCAAGGUUAUUGGAGGAGAUGUCACAGAGCUGUACAGGACAUUCAAAAUCACUGUUCAUGUGGAUACAAAGGGCGAAAACAACUUGGUGACAUGGACUUUUGAGUAUGAGAAGAAGAGUGAGGAUGUUGAAGAUCCAAAUACCUUGAUGGAUUUCGCCAUCAAUGUCUCCAAAGAUAUUGAGAGUCACCAUCUCAAGUCAUAGACACCUUUGGGCGUGUGUGUGUCAAAUGUCAAUCUUACCAGCUAAUAAUUGCAGUGUGGUGAAACUUCUAAGUAAGUGUGUAAGAUAAAAUAAAUAAAUAAGUGAAACUUCUAAGUGAGUGUGUAAGAUUAAAUAAAUAAAUAAGUUAACUCUUUUCUCUAAUAGCUUAAGUUGCAGAGGGUAUUAUCAAUGCACGAAUAUCGUGUAUUUAGUUCCUAAUAUUUAGUAGCCAAAUAUAUACGAGUAUGGGAUAAGCUUAAGUUAGAAUGCUCUCUUUAAUAACUUAAGUUUUUAGAUGAAUUGGCUGUUAACAAUUUACAUGUAUAAUCUAUUUUCUGGCUACUUUUGUAUCAGUUAAUAUUGUAAAUUAUUGGUUAAUCUUCAUGGCGAUGAAGUUUUUAUUAGUAGAA